UGUCAGGCUGAUGCUGUCGGUGCGGCGCGCGGUGCAUUGUGGGCGAAUCCCGCCGCCCGCCGCGGCUCCGAGGGGGAGGAUGCGCUCGGGGCCGGCCCGUCCCACAGCCGCAGCCGCAGCGCGCCGGGCCGGCGGCACCGCGCCCGACGAGCCGCACUGAAGGGCGUGGGGCAUGCGCUGCCUGCGCCGGCCGCAGCGGGAGGCGCCGGCGGCGGCGGGGCCAGAUAAAUGGCUCAUUUAAACUGGGAGCUACUGAAAUACUCUCUGGCUGGCAAAUGCAGUGCCUAGCAGCAGUCAUCAAGGACGAACCAAACAUGAGUGGUGGAGGGGAGCAGGUCGACAUUCUCCCGACCAACUACGUGGUCAAAGAUCGCUGGAAAGUGCUGAAGAAGAUCGGUGGAGGUGGCUUUGGGGAGAUCUAUGAGGCAAUGGAUUUGCUGACCCGUGAGAAUGUGGCCUUGAAGGUGGAAUCAGCUCAGCAGCCCAAACAAGUUCUCAAGAUGGAAGUGGCUGUCCUGAAAAAGCUGCAAGGGAAGGAUCAUGUUUGCAGAUUUAUUGGCUGUGGAAGAAAUGAAAAGUUUAAUUAUGUGGUCAUGCAGCUUCAGGGCCGAAAUCUUGCAGAUCUGAGAAGGAGUCAGCCUCGAGGGACUUUCACACUGAGCACAACGCUGCGACUGGGCAAACAGAUUCUGGAAUCAAUAGAAGCCAUUCACUCUGUGGGAUUCCUGCAUCGGGACAUCAAGCCUUCCAACUUUGCCAUGGGCCGGUUACCUUCAACAUACAGGAAGUGCUACAUGUUAGACUUUGGUCUGGCCCGCCAGUACACCAACACUACUGGGGAAGUUCGACCACCUCGCAACGUUGCUGGUUUCCGAGGAACUGUCCGCUAUGCCUCUGUGAAUGCACACAAAAACAGGGAGAUGGGCAGACACGACGAUCUGUGGUCCCUCUUUUACAUGUUGGUGGAGUUUGCCGUUGGUCAGCUUCCGUGGAGAAAGAUCAAAGAUAAGGAGCAGGUUGGCAUGAUAAAAGAAAAGUAUGAACACCGAAUGCUGCUAAAACACAUGCCUUCAGAGUUCCACCUUUUCCUGGAUCACAUUGCAAGCCUAGACUACUUCACCAAGCCAGACUAUCAGCUAAUCAUGUCGGUUUUCGAGAACAGCAUGAAAGAAAGGGGCAUCACUGAAAAUGAAGCCUUUGACUGGGAGAAGGCUGGUACAGAUAUCUUGUUGUCCACUAGCACCUCAACUCCACCACAGCAGAACACCAGGCAAACAGCAGCCAUGUUUGGGGUGGUUAAUGUCACUCCGGUACCUGGGGACCUGCUCCGUGAGAACACUGAGGAUGUCCUACAGGGUGAACAUUUGAGUGAUCAAGAGAAUGCUCCUCCCAUCCUGUCAGGUCGGCCAGUGGAAGGCCUUGGUCAGGCUCCAAACACGGCUUUCAAUGAGGGUGAAGUUUGGGAAGAGACAGAUGUGAAUCGCAACAAACUCAGGAUCAGCAUCAGCAAAACUCAGUGCAUGGUGGAAGAGGAGCAGAGAAAUGGGGUGUGCCCCAGUUCCCCUGUCCGAGUGCCUCCGGAGUCCCCGACCGCACAAGUGCGCUCCCUCCGCUACCGCCGUGUCAACAGCCCCGAGUCAGAGCGGCUCUCCACAGCUGAUGGAAAAGCAGAUCCACAUGAAAGAAGGUCCCGAAUGGACAUCCCUGGCUCUCCAUCACGGCUCGUGUGCUCCUCGCAGCCAGCCCAGAUGCUGUCCAUCGAUACUGGCCAGGCUGACCGGCAGGCGAGCGGCAGGAUGGACGUGUCCGCAUCCGUGGAACACGAAGCCCUCAGCAAUGCCUUCCGCUCGGUGCCGCUCGCAGAGGAGGAGGACUUUGACAGCAAGGAGUGGGUUAUCAUUGAUAAGGAGACAGAGCUGAAGGACUUCCACCCCGGUGCUGAGCCAAGCACCUCUGGAACCACGGAUGAGGAGCCCGAGGAACUAAGGCCUAUUGAAGAUGGGGAGGAGAGAAGGCGCCUGGGGGCAGAUGCUGCAGUGAGGCCGAAGACUCAUGAUGGGCGAAGUCGGGGUAUGCUGCCUGUGACUGAGGAGGACAGUUCCCAUAGACAUGAAGGACCUUCUCAAACGGUGUCUGACAGUAGACAUGAACAGCAGACAGGAAGUCCAGCCCACUCCCCCUUACAUUCAGCACCAGCUCUCCGACAAAGGAGACGAGAAUCUGAACCUACUGGUCCUCAGAGACAGGCAUACAUGCUGAAGUCAUUUGAAAUAAAUGGCCUGCCCAAGGCGGUCCCUUUAAGUUUGCCUUACCAAGACUUCAGAAAAGAUAUGUGCAACUACUGGGAAAAGCCUAAGUUAUCCCAGCGGAUAAAGAAAGUUGAUUUUUCAAAUAUUGUCUUGACUGCUCCUUGCAAACCUCUUGAACCUUAUAAGGAAAUGAAUGGAAAAGAGGAGGAGGAGGAGGAAGAAGAGGAGGAAGACUAUGAGGAGGAGGAAGAUGAGCAGGAUGAGGGGGAGGAGGAAGAGGAGGGCAAUGAGAUUGACAUGCACAGUGAUUCCAGCAGCGACCUGAGUCAGAAGAGCACGGAGCGCAGCCAGGAGUGCGCACCAUCCACGCUCCUGGCUGAUGACCAGAAGGGGUCCAAGGGUCGAGCAUCCACUGCUGAUGGGGACCUGGAGCUGGAGGAAGGCUCAAAAACUUUAGUGCUGUUUUCACCAGGUGAUCUGAAAAAGUCUCCGGUGGCUGCAGACUUACCUCCAGAAGUCGAUCUAGGCACUCUUGCUGCACUGACACCUCAGAGCGAGCGGCCGCAGCCCAUGGGGAGCCAGCUGGAUGUGUCUGAGCCAGGGACCCUGUCCUCGGUCCUUAAAUCGGAACCAAAGCCUCCCGUGGCAGUGGCUACAGCUUCCUCCCCGUUCACCAAAGUCGAGCGCACGUUCGUUCACAUUGCUGAGAAGACCCACCUGAACGUGAUGUCUUCCAGCGGGCAGCUGAUGCGGCACGAGGAGUACUGCCCCCCGGGGCAAUUCGAGGAGGUCAUCAUCGAGGAGGAGCUGGAGGACAACCUGGUGCUGGUGGAGAAUGGAAGCAUUCAUUCCGGGCUGGAAGGGGCAGAGACGGAGAGCUGCGCUCUUUCGGCCAAUCACGUCGAAACCACCUCAGAGACUGUGGGGGAGCAGCCGGCCCUUCCCAACGGCAUGCCAAAGCUUCCCGAGGACAAGCCGGAGCUCUCCGGCAAAGCGGUGCUCUCGCUGGAUUUGGAAGAGCCUGACAAGGUGGCUACAAGGGAGCCUGGCCUCGAGAAGGCAGCAUCAGCCACAGAACACCUGAAGCGAGCAGAGACCCUGCUCGAGACGCCACAGCAGGGCCCCAGGAGGCCGCUGGGCCCCCGGUACAGAAGUCGGAUACCCAUUUUGUUCUCUGAGGAGGACACUGGCUCAGACCUUUCAACUUCACUCUCAGCCAAAGAAAGGCUUUAUAAGAGGGCAAAGCAACCCGACCUGGCUCGCCUGGUGAUGGAGAAGAGACAGAGCCGCCUCCUCCGGCUGGCCUCAGGGGCCUCCUCCUCGGCCUCCUCCAGCGACGAGCGGCGGCGAGCCUCCGAAACGCUGUCAGCCACCGGUUCUGAGGAGGACACCCACGACUCUGAUGACUCCAUCCCACGGAAGGGAGAGAAGAAGGCUGCGCUGCUGGGGAGAGAAGACAGAGCCAUAAGCACAAGGAGCAGAAUUCCUCGUCCCAUCGUGCCGGUGAAAACGCCGCUGGAGGUGGCGAGGUCGGAGAGCUCCGUGGCCGCUGCGAUGGCAGGGCUGGGCAGCUCCCCACAGGAUGCAGCUGCUGCCUGCAGGCUUCAGACACAGAGAGCAGCUGGAAGUGUGCCAUAUGAGGGCCGAACAACACAGGUACAAAGUCGGCUUCCUUCGUCGCCGAGUUCCACUUCUCUUCCUCCACGGAGCAGCUCGCAGAGGUCCAGUGGUGCAUCCCCUCGGAGCCCUGUCCUUCCUUCCAGGAACCCCAGUACUUCCCCCAGAAGCCAGCUGUUGCCUCGGAGGGAAAGUCCUUCUCCCUGCCGACAGCAUAAACCAGGGACUGCUCCUCAGCGAGUUCCUCCUUCCCCCCGACCUCAGCCCUCAGCUCAGGCCCCAGCAUCUACAGGAGAUUCCCUGCCAUCUCCUGGCAUGGCCAAAAAACGACAAAGAGGAAAAACCCAGACUCAAAGUCCAGCAACCAAAGGAAAGCAGGUGUCCCUGGAAAGUAAGGCAGCUGCCAGAUAAUGACCUUCUUCUGCAAACCCAGCAGACUGGGUAACUUCUGCAUAUAGUAUACACUUGAGAUGCUGCAGCACAGCCUUCCAUGCUGGACCCACGAGUGUAUAGCAGUAGCUGUACUUGAAUGCUUCACCCACUCUCACCCCACACCGCAAUCAGCUCCCACGGGCCUGGCAGCCCGGAGCCACGGAGCCUUUUCAAGGGAGACACCCAGCCCGCAGCUCACGCUUGCUAAUGCACAGCACCAAACCGUGACCCAGGCAGCCUGCCCAGUGCCUGACCUGCCUCCCUCCCCAGGGAUUCUCCUCCUGUUAGCAAUACCAGUCCUCAACACCGACUCCAGCUGCGGAAAGAGGAGCAGAGGCGACAAGAGCAAGGCCUGCUAAAGAGGAAGGCUCCUGUUCUGCAGGCAGCUCCUUCCUUUCUCCUCGCUGGGAAAACACCAGCCUUGGUCUCCACCAUCUCCCUGAGUGUUGGCUCACCUCCCACCACCUGUGUUAGCAAGGGAUUGCCACUAGCUUAUUCAAGAAGGAUGGAUGCAUCCUUGUGUGCUGAGAUAAGAGAAGGGGUAAGGAGGAGAGGGCUCUUCUCUCCUUUCCAGAGAUGCCUCUACAGGUGGGAAUUAGGAGGCAGUUCUUGCUGGAUGCUCCUACCUGUUCCAGUAUGUCCCACAGAUGAGGUCUGGCACUGCUUCUCAGAUACUGCUGUUGUUUCAGCAGAUGCCUGUGUGGUGGGCACUUAGGUGGAAGUAGGGAUGUGUUGGCAGCUUGCUGGGAAAUCAAAAGCUCUUGCUAAUUAAUGUAGAAGGGAGCACACUGCAGCCACUUCUGUCACAAAUACCAAACUGUGAUCUGUGGACAUCACAUCCCCCAGCACGGGUGGUUCCUUUCAGCCUGGGCGAGGUUGGUGCCACAGACCUGUAUUCCACCAAACACAGCUCCAUCGUGAGGGUGUGAAUAGUCACUGGAUGCCUUUAGCCUGGGUGCCCCUUGCACCUGAAUUCCUUGUGUUUUAUUGUCACGCUCUUGGUGUUUGUGAAUUUUGGCACUGUGGUUGAAAGUUCCCCUACACGGCAGGGUGGGAAAUUAUUAUCCCGUAGUAUACCCAAAACCUGCUGCUUUGCAAUGAGAGGUUUGCUGGCAUGCCAUGGCCAUGUGCAUUUCUAUCUGAGGGGACAGUGGGUUGAGUGGCAGAGGUGGGGUUUAUGUCUUUUCCUUGGUGCUCACCUCUGCCAUGCAUUGAGGAUGAACAAUGUGAACGUAAAAGCAACAGCUGUGCUCUUCAAGUAAUUAUCUGAGCAUAAGCUUAACACUCAGCUAGAGCAAAAUCAACCAGCUGUUUAGCCCCCAGACUAAUUAGGAAGGCUUGAAAGUGAAAGCAAGGAGGACUGGUACCUGUCUGAUCUUGAUGAGAUCUUGAAGUAGACAAAAUUCUCCCCAUGCUUCACAGGAGAAAACAUUCCAGACCCAAAUACUUUGUGCUUCACACCAUUGUCAUGCCUAAAAGAGAUAUUGCAUGAGGCAGAACAAAACAGCUGCUCUGUACACCUAUUCCUGCAGUUGCAACUACCUGCAAAUUUACUAUUUGCAGAUAACAAAGCUUGACAGAGGAAUCUGAACAGUAAUAACCUUGAUUCAUUUGAACAUGAAUGCAAACAGUCACACACUGAUGGCCAUCAAGUUCAAGGAAUCCUGAAGCUGCUCAUAUCUACAGGAUUCCUGGAAAGGAGUAUGAGAGCUGUGACAGGGUGUCUGGGAGAAAAGGGUACUCCUUGCACAUCUGAACAGGGAAAUGUGUAGAAACAGGAGACAGGAAUUACCUCUUCAUAUGACAGUCUCAGUGUUGCCAACAUUAAGAAUUCAUUUCACCCAGCUCAAAGUGUUUUCCAUUGAUGUGGUUCACCCUGGUCGAGUAAGCAGCAGCUUAAUCUGAAAAGAUGCCUUCAUCUUUGCAGAGCAGCACUGGGAACUGAGAGGGAGCUCAGGCUGUGCUCUGAUGGACUGAGCUGAUGUUGCCAUCAAAAGUAACAUCCCUCCAAGUUCCAGCUGUUUUGUUGCACAGUUCCAUCACAUUCACAGUGCAGCAGCUAUUUGGAAAUGGCUGGAAAUGCUGAUCCAGCACGACACGAACUGCUCUGAUUCACCAGUUUAUGUUUCAUCUGGUUCAUUUCAUCACUCUGGUUCACCAUUUGGUCACACAACAGAAGAAGGACACACAGAGACUGUGACCACUUCUUCUGGUGGCACUGUAACUUUCUCUGAGUUUGAAGUGUGGGUCAGACUAGAACCUAAGUAUGUGCUGCAGGUUUAGAAAAUAGAAAACAGAAUAAACUCAAAGACAUAUUCUUUCCAUAAAUAUAAAUCAUAAUGGGACUCCUAUUAAUUUCUUGAAGGUCUAUUAAUUUUAGAGCGCUCAGAUGGUAAGUCUUGGUUGUGAAUCCUUUACCAGCUGGUCUAUCCAGGUCUUAAUGCACAUGCCAAAAAUGACAUUGAAAGAGCUUUGAAAGAGGACUACAGGACUAUUAACAGGGUUAGCAAACCUGCCUCAUCAUGGGAGGCCAAUAAAGCACAAUCAGUGUAUUUGUUCAGGAAAAAGUUUAAAGGACAGUUUUCUGUGGCCCAAUGUCAGAAAGGAAGCUCCAGGGCAGACACAAGGCUGGGUUGGACAGGGCCCAGAGCAUCCUGGUCUAGUGGAAGGUGUCCUUGCCCAUAGCAGGGAGCUGAAACUGGGUGAUCUUUAAGGUCCCUUCCAACCCAAACCAUUCUAUGGUUCUGUGGUUCUGUGGUCUUCCUCUGGCACAUGGAAAGCAGGGGAGUCAGAACAGCCAAGAACAGCAGAUGAAGAAAUCAAGCAGACUUUUAAUUGUGAAGCAACCAUUCAGUGAAGUCUUUCACAGGACUAUGGGGACUUUCUUAUUAAAAGGUUUCUGUGAAACUGAGCUGUCUUCUACAAGGUCUAUCUACCAUGACCCAACCACAAGAAGCAGGUAGGAUUCUGGUGACACCAAGGUAUCAUCUCUGUCAGUGGUGCAGCAGAUUCCUGGUCCCACGAGGAUACAUGCCAAAGCUGUAUAUAUACUGGAGAGCCACCUGGCAGGUCCCACAGGUUUAAGAAAGCAAGGGAAAGAUGGCCAGCACAGAAAAUAAAAGCUGUUGCCAGUGUUGUUUGACAGAGCUAGGCUGGAGGUGCAGCUGGGUCUGUAGAGAUCUGAGACCAGCAUGAGUCAUCUCUCCUCGUGGUUGUGCUACCAGACUCCCUGCUCCUGCACAGCCCUGCUUCCCAGCUGUCCCUGGAAUGAAGAGCAGCAGGAGAGUGCAUCAACAGCAUGGUGGGCCCCAGGUCAUGUCCUCCUGGAUGGAGGUGCACCUGUCCAGGGGAGCAGCACACACAGAAUUUCCUCUGGGUCCUCUCUUCUUCUGCUGCCCUGCAGGAAAGUUGAAAGGGCACUGCCAUAGCUGGAGCAAACAGAGGAGAACAUGUCUGGGGACAAGAAGGAAUGAGGCCUGUGAUGUUAGGGAGAAGUUAGGUGGUUGAGGAAUGCCAGAGGAUCUAGUCUGGCAUCACAGGACACGAUGGGCUGUCACCUCCCAGAAAGGUGGCAGAGGCAAGACCCUGUUGCUCUCUGCUAUGAGUCUCAUGCAAGCUCUGCCAAGCUUGAGGGCACGGGGCUGCUCAGGCACUGCUGGGCGUGUGUGGCUGUGUUCUUUGCAGGUGAUUUUGCCCCUGUGUGUUUUGAGGGAACUCCUGGGACAUGCCACCACUGUUCCUUCAUCUGUGUGUUCAUCUGCAUGGGUAGGGAGAGACACAUCUUGUUCAUCUGUGUUGGGAGUACAAGAGUCUUUGGGACUGCCUGGUGUCGUGCUGAGUCCUCACUCUGCAGGAGCCUUGCCCACCAGCUGAGAUGGUAUCCUGGCUGGUGAGAAGCAGCCAGUGGCUGCUGGCUGGCCAGGAGCUGCCUGCAAAGAAGCAUGGAUACAGGGAGGAUGUGCCACGUGGGCAAUCUGAAAGGCAGUUCUCAGCACUAAGCCAGUGCAGCAAUGGAUUGUAUGAGCAGAGGGAGAAGAAGGACAGAUGGCACCAGUCAGACUGAUACUGUGGAGAGGCUCAAACACACGGGUGGAUGGAGCUGCUUUACUGAUCUGUCUGGUUGGCAGGACAGGCACUUCUGUUUGCCUUGGUCCAAAAGGUGUUCUGGUAGCAAAUAUCUCUGGGUCAGUUGUGCUUGGAAUCAGUGACAGGCAGGAGACUUUGCUUGCCCUUUUUUAAGUAAAGAAUAUUAUAAUAUAUAUAUAUUAUUACAACAAUAUAAGUAGUGACCAUUAUAUAUAGUAACUAAAGGUUAAAAAGGAUCCUGCUACCUUCAGAGAAGUCUCAUCUUUGAUUUCAGAUGUGUGCAGGGCUGACUGCUGUGUGCAGUGAAUGUGGAUGGGGGAACAGGAUACCACUCUACCAAAGUGCAUGUCAGCUGUGAGGCUCCAGCUGCCUGAGCACAAACCAGGGCUGAAACACGCCAGCCUGGGUGGCUGACAGCUGUCCUGCUUGCCACCAGACCUGCAACAGCUGCUGGACUGACACACAGCUCUGUGGGGCAUGGAUCAGCAUCUGGAGAAUCGCUCUUCACGUGGCUGCCCCUGGCUAACACAAGCACUGAGAGUUUGGUGGUGAAACGUUUUGAUCCAAAGCAGGUUGUGUUGGGGCAAGAAAAUCCUUCACAUUUCUCCUUUCCAACACAGAGGUGUUUCCUCACUGUAGAUCCUGUGUAAGAAGAUGAUCACUGAUAGCCUGGGCAGCUCCAGUAGCAUCUCAGUGUUCCCUCAGCACACUGCUUUCUUCUCUGUAGAGUUUAUUGACCCACAACUAUUCCACAUGCACUCACACCAAUGCCCACCUAAGGCCUUGCCCCACACAUCAGUCACCUGCAGUUAAAUUAAUCCUGUGAACACAGUAAAAGUCCCAUUGUGGACAUAAUGAGUUCAUUAUCAAAUGAGUUUCUUCUGGCUGAACUGAAAUAUGCCCGUGCCCCAGCAGUGCUAGGCUGGUUUGACAAAGUCCACAGGGACCACCUGAGAGUUUGCAAGCACCCUUGGCCAGCUACUCCUGCACCUCCACAUGAGGAACAGAGCUUGGGCUGCUGUUCAGGCCCUUUCCUUGUGUGGCAUGUGCCUGUAACUGGGCUGCUGGGUGGGAGCCCAUGGCUCACCGUGUGCUGGCUCCCAAGGUCCUCUGCAGAAGCCCCAGUGGCUGUGCUCUCCAGCAGCAGCAGAUGCUGCAUUCCAAGGGGCUGGGACUAUGCUGGCAGUGGCAGCAGAGCCACCUGAUGUUAAGACCUCCAUGAGCAUUGGGGUUGGUAGUUUUGCAAGGCCAGGGAAUAGCUCUGUAUGCAGGCUGAGCUGUGAUCCCAAGUACAGCCAGAAUCCCAGGAAAUGACAGUGAUUUAUACACCAUCACUCUCCUGUCACUUCAUUCCUAAUGUAGCUCCUCCAGCAAAUCUUGUCUUCAAAGUAACUGUGUGUUUCCUCCAGGUUAGUCCCUUUUUGCCUGGGGGGUUGAAGCCCUCCUGGAUUCUGCAGAGCCUGAAGCAGACUUGGCCAUCAACCUGUGCAGCAGGCCCUGCCCCACACAGGUCAUAAGGAGGAACACUAUCCCUUUUAUUUCUGGAGCUGCAAACGGCUGGAAAGCAGGUUUAAAGUAAACACUGAUGCCCUCUGUGCUGAAAGGAGGAAGGGAGCUACCAAAGCAAAUCCAGAGCUGGGUUCCUUGUAGGGACCAAGAUAAUAAUUUCUCCUGCUCUUAGCUCCUGAACCAGAGGGGCCUCAGGGGUGAGAGCUCUGCUUUGGUGAAGAUACUGCAGGACUGGUGUCAGCAUGGUGCUCCUCAGUGGCUGCUCUGCCUCUGGUUUGGCCCAUGUUGCCCUGCCUGGAGCACAGGGAGCUCUGGUACAGGUUCCCUGGAGGAGGCUGGGGCUGAUGUUUCCUCGGGAACGUACAGCACAGGCUCAGGACCAUCCCUGCAGAGGGUGGGAUGAGCUCUGCAGGACGUGGGGUACCCCUGGGUGUGAAACCAGUGUCAGCAGGACUGCUGUGCUCUGGGACCUGCUGCUUCUUCUCCAGCCAGGAAUUGGAGCUGGAAACACAGAAGAUUUUCUAUAUCUCCUUUUAACACAAUAGCAUGUGACUCUACACUCAGACGUUCUACCUGGCGCACCAACGUUUUCCUUCGCCUCUGGCACACUCUGGAGACAGGACUUCUGCUCCCUGGUACUGCCUGCCUGGAAAUGUGACUGAAUCCCAAGGCUAAAUCUCUCUACAUAUCUUCUUUGCAUUCUUUAGGAAAGCAGCUGGAGAAUGUUUACACACUGCAAACAGAAUGUAGGACUCCGACUGAGGAACCACAAUCUGGUUCAACUGCAUGGCAAAUUUCUUGGCCAUAAAAUCUGGCAUGCAUCACAGAAGCCCUGUCUGUGUACAGACCCACCUGGCAUUUGUCUUAAUUUCAGAUCACAUCUUAAAAAAAAAUAAACGAUUAUGCCAUUUCUUGUUCAUAUCAGACACAGUUGUCAUUAGAUUUGUUAUUAAAAGGGGAUUCUGGAUCAUGCC